AUGGUGCAACAGCAGCCAACUUGGACUGACCAUGAACAUCAGUUCUCCCUACAAGAGUUCGACACAUUCGAAGCCGUCGAGCAUGCCCUCAUCAAAACAGCCAUGGCGGCCAUAGAACCAGUAUACUAUGUCGCCCUGGAGGACCCCGACGAAGGUUUCACCCAACUCCGCUACAUCGACCUCAUCGUCCACCUACGUGAACAGUAUGGACAACUCACCAAUGAGGACCUCAACAACAACAUCAAAACGCACGAAUAUGACACAAAGUGGAUACCUACCCAACCACUCGAACAACUCUUCGACCAAAUCAACAAAGCCAUCGCCUUCGCGCGCGGCCAUGACCCCAUCACAGACCGUGCCGCGCUCCGCUCCGGCCUUGACAACCUCGAAAAGAGUGGAGUCUUCCCCCGUGCCAUGGAAUCCUGGAAUGAAAAGCUAGACGAUGAGCAAACAUGGGAAAACUUCAAAACCCAUUUCACGGCAGCCAACAGAGAGCGCCGCCGCAAACUUACCACGAAGCAGGCUGGGUACCACGACCAGCACCAAGCCAACAACGCCAACACCAAAAAGGCACCAACAACCCAUUCCACAUCUACAAUGCGUCCGGCGCCGCCUACAUGGCCUACUGCUGGACCCAUGGAGCCCAACGCGACCUCACGCACACCAGCUUGA